CCACCCCUGCUCUAGAGACUACAGUGUAAAAAUGUUUUGUCAGCUAACCUAUAAAACAUACUUCACCCGAACAUAACUGGUUUUAAGUUCAAAAAUAUUGUUUAAUAUCAACCAUGAGACUGCACCAAUGGAAGCAUUUUUUAAGGGUCAGAUGAGCUUGAACACAAAAUGAGUAACAUCUACGAGUCUGCUGCCACCACGCUGGGCCUCUUCAACAGCCCAUGUCUGACAAAAGUGGAGCUCCGUGUGGCCUGUAAAGGAAUAUCUGACAGAGAUGCCCUGUCCAAGCCUGACCCCUGCGUCGUCCUCAAGAUGCAGUCCCACGGACAGUGGUUCGAGGUGGACCGGACAGAGGUGAUUCGCAGCAGCAUCAGUCCGGUUUUCUCCAAAGUCUUCACCGUGGACUACUAUUUUGAGGAAGUGCAGCGCCUCCGUUUUGAGCUUCAUGACAUCAGUAGCAACCAUAAUGGACUCAAAGAGGCUGACUUCCUGGGCGCCAUGGAGUGCACACUCGGACAGAUUGUAUCACAGAGAAAACUGUCCAAAGCUUUAUUGAAGCAAGGAAACACAGCUGGCAAAUCAUCUAUCACAGUCACAGCUGAAGAGCUGUCUGGGAAUGAUGAUUACGUGGAGCUCGCCUUCAGUGCCAAGAAACUGGAUGACAAGGACUUUUUUAGCAAGUCGGAUCCAUUUCUGGAAAUCUUCAGAGUGAAUGAUGAUGGCACAGCAUCACUGGUGCACAGAACAGAGACCAUUAUGAACAAUCUGAGUCCUGUCUGGAAAUCAUUCAAAGUUUCUUUAAACACACUCUGCAGUGGAGACCAUGAGCGGGAGUUAAAGUGUACAGUAUGGGACUGGGAUUCAAAUGGCAAGCACGACUUUAUAGGAGAAUUUCAAACCACCUUUAAGGAGAUGAAGGCAGCGAUGGAUGGGAAGCAGGCAUCAUCACAAGAGAAACUACAAACUGAUCUUGGCCAAAAGAUCCAGUGGGAGUGUAUUAACCCUAAGUACCAAGUGAAGAAGAAGAAUUACAGAAAUUCUGGAAUGGUAAUUCUUACCAUGUGCAAGAUCAUAAAGAUGCACUCUUUCCUGGAUUACAUCAUGGGAGGAUGUCAGAUUCAGUUCACAGUGGCUAUUGAUUUCACUGCCUCAAAUGGUGACCCUCGAAACAGCUGCUCCCUCCACUACAUCCACCCUUACCAGCCCAAUGAGUACCUCAAAGCGCUGAUCGCUGUUGGGGAGAUCUGCCAGGACUACGAUAGCGACAAAAUGUUUCCCGCUUUUGGCUUUGGAGCCCAAAUCCCACCAGACUUCAAAGUUUCUCAUGAUUUUGCUGUGAAUUUUGAUGAGGACAACCCAGAAUGUGCUGGUAUACAAGGUGUUGUUGAGGCUUAUCAGAACUGCCUCCCGAAAAUCCAGUUGUACGGCCCCACUAAUAUUGCGCCCAUCAUCCAGAAAGUUGCAGACUCUGCCUCUGAGGAGAUGCAUACCAAAGAGGCCAUGGAAUACUUUAUACUGCUAAUCCUGACGGAUGGAGUGAUCACAGAUAUGGCGGAUACACGAGAGGCCAUCGUCCACGCAUCCCACCUGCCCAUGUCCGUCAUCAUUGUCGGCAUAGGCAACGCAGAUUUCAGCGACAUGCAGAUGCUGGAUGGUGAUGAUGGAAUCCUCCGCUCUCCUAAAGGAGAACCCGUCCUGAGGGACAUCGUGCAGUUUGUGCCCUUCCACAACUUCAAACAUGCCUCUCCUGCAGCGCUGGCUAAAAGUGUGCUGGCUGAGGUUCCCAAUCAAGUGGUAGAUUACUACAAUGGAAAAGGCAUCAAGCCCAAAUGCCUGUCGGAUUUUGAGUCUUCCAGAGCAUUCAGUCCCUGAGCUACACACAGCCAUAUUCGUCUCAACUUCAAGAUAUCUUCAUUGAUCAUUUCAGAGCUUGCUGCAUUAGUGUAAGCAUCGACAAGCAGGUCCAUCCUUGUUUUUUUUUUUUUUGGUCACUCAGGUUUCCAAUAGCAUUGGGCAAAAAUGUCCUUAGCUGUCCAUAUUUUCUUUUUACGCAGUUGUUAGUUAUAUUAAAGGUGCGCUCAGUCAUUUUUUGUUUUUGCUUCCCUGGCUAAUAUGGCAGUUGUCUUGGACCUAAAGUCACCAUGAAAUCAAAACUGACUUGAAUGCAAUAUUGCAGUGAUUAGAAAUGAUAUAUCUGUGCACAUCAUUAUUUUUCAUGUACCCUCGUAAUCUUUUUAAUCAAUAUAACUUCCCUUCUCCCUCGCAAGUGUAACGGAGGACAGGCUUUUGUUACCUUUUGUUUUGUUGAUAUUAUUACUGUUAUUUUGGUGGACCUGCUAUACAAGGGCUAUAUAGUCCAAUAUAGCAUAAUAUUCCAAUGCGUAAUAGUUUAGGAGGCAAGUUAUUAACAGUUAUUGGCCAGUGCAUGACCAGUGCUCAGUUAGUAAACACUGUUAGUCCUUUAUAAUCCAAAGUGCAACCAUUUUAUUGCUUUAUUCAAUUUACCUGCAAAAAGUUUGUGGUCGGUAAGAUUUUAAUGUUUUUUCUAAGAAGUCUCCUAUGGCUUGCUUACCUACCCACCCCAAACGUUUGAACGGUAGUGUAUUUAUUUUAAAACUUAUUUUUAAUGUGAGGCCUUUAUGACUUACAAUUGUUACAUACAAUUAAGUGUAUUGUGUAUAUAGCUCUAUAAACAUAUUUAUUUGAAAGCAUGUGGAAUGGAUUCUGUGAAUACAGUAUUUACAGUAUUUAGGCAUUCUUUGUUUUUGUUCUUUUCUACAGGUUUCUUGACAUUUGUUUUGCAUAAUUUCUUAACAUAAUCUAACAUUAUAAAGUUCUUUCAGAUGUUUGGAUAUAGUAGAUGUGUGUUUCUGGUGCUGUAUUAGACACAUUUCUCUUUUUCUUUUAUGCAUUUUUUCUUUCCUUCUUUCUUGGAGCGUGUGUGUAUGUACAGUAUUCUUGCUUACUACCGAAACCAGGACUGUAUUUUGCAUGUUGCCAAUUAAAAAAAAAAGU